AUGUACAAGGCCAAGUUGCAGGAGAUGUGUCAACGGAGACGGUGGAGUUUGCCAAAGUACUCCGCCACGAGUGACGGUCCACCACACAUGCCAAACUUUAAGGCGUCUGUCUUUGUAAAUGGCAUUACAUUUUCUUCUUACCAUACUUUCCGUUCCUCCAAACAAGCUUACAACCAAGCUGCUAUGAAUGCUUUCCUCAAGCUUUCUUCUCCUUCGGGCUCUUCAAUACCAACAAACAAAUAUGGUUCAAAAGAGGAAGUUGAAGCUGCCAAACCCAAACCUCAGGAGAGUCCAGUUCCACCACAAUCUCCAGAUAGAAUAUAUGAUCAUUUGAGCAAACUUCCGCCACAAAACUAUGCUCGAAAGAACAAUCUCGGUCAACCUGUUUUUACAAUUAAAACCGAAGGGCCGUCUUAUGACACUCGCUAUAAGGCCACUGUUGUUAUUGAUGGGAAAUCAUUUGAAAGCCCUACAUUUUUCAACACCAUAAAAGAAGCAGAACAAGCUGCAAUAAAUAUUGCUCACAUGUUUCAACAGGGUGAUACUUCUUCAUCCAAGAGUAAACUUCUGGAAUUAACACAGAAAGAAGGUUUUUCUAAACCAACAUAUAAAUUUACACGGAUUGGUCCUCCUCAUAUACCAACUUUUUUCUCAACUGUCACAGUAGAGGGCUUGGAGUUUCAUGGAAAAGCAUCUAGCUCUAAAAAACAGGCAGAACAUGAUGCUGCAAAAGUUGCUUACACUGCAUUAAAAGAGAGUGGACUUCAUAUGUAUGCUGCUUUUGCUUCCUCAAUCAAAGAAAAUGAAGCAGUAAAAUCAACUGAUGAAUUAGACACUGUUAAUGUUAAGUCCAAACAAAAACUAAACCUUGAAGAUCAAGUUUUGGAUCAAGAGAUCUUACCUACUAAUGUCAAUGUUAAUCACAAUGAUACACCCAAUGAAUCUUCUCCAUUGCCCCCGAAGAAAAAAAUGAAGAUAAGCAAUAUGAGUGAUACGAAUUUGGCCCGUUCUAAAAGGUCAAUUAAGAAGCCUAGCUACCUGAAGGACUAUCAUACAAGCUCAAAACCUAUCAACCCAUGA